AUGCCAGAAGCACUAAUGUCGUUGGAACCGGAUACACCGCGGACCGAUGCGACCGCUGAUUCUAGUGGGUUGAGCAAUUCCGACCCGAUCGAUUCUAAUCCGAUGACCAAUCAGUCGUCUCGAUUACUCGUGGAGGCGGACGAUUUAACCGAGACCGGUGAGGAUGUGACCACGGACACGUUGUCCAAAGGUCGUCUAAAGCAUGAGCUACGUAUGACGCGGACAAAUCUGGCCACAAAAGCCAUGAUUUGGGAGAACAGUGAAAAGCUUGCUUCAGCUCGAGAAAUGGAACUACAGGACGAGAUUCGUACACUCAGUCGACGUCUGGCUCUGGCCAACACACGCUGUGAUGCCGCUAUGUCGGUCGCCUCACAAGCAGCUCAAGUUGAAGAACAAUUGACCAAUGCAAUUGAAGGCAAAAAGCAGGUCACUCGUGAACUGGCUCAACUGCAACAUGAGCUCAGCUCGGUUCGACAUUUCUUUACCCAAUUACCGGUGAAUCAUUUGAUCUAUACGACUGAGGGGCCAGAGAAGGCGUUUGAAGUGAAUGUGUCCAGCUAUUCACUACUAAGUACAACAGAAGCGGAACAGCUGAGCACAAAAUGUCCAACAGAAUUGUGCCUGUUGGAGACAGUUCAACUGGGCAUGCAUCGAUUGGUCUCCCUCUUUUCGGAAGUAAGAACUCGCUUUAAUUUUUUUUCACGCAAUUUAAACGCUUACUUAAGCAGUAACUGA